AUGGUUGCACCGAGUUCUCGUGAAGAAGAAGGAUCAAGGGAAUCGACGCCUGCUAGACAAAAACCAGAAGUUGAGGAGGAAGAUGAGGAAGAAGAUGAUGAGGGACCCUGCGGCUCAUACUUUAGAUUCUGCGGCUCAACCUAUUCUCUAUUCAAAGUGAUAAGCUACUGGAAACAAGAUGCUGGAUACUAUGCAACAUGCAAGAAAGAAUUCGAGAAGGCAGGAUUCGGAGGCCUAUUGGACCUUCGAAUGCCAAAAAUUCCCAAUGUCUUCAUGGACGACUUGAUGGCUGCUUAUGACAUCUCAACAAGUACUUUUGUUUUCGGGGAAGGAGACUUGAAGAAGGUGUUCGAAUUCUCACCUGAGGAUGUGGCACGUGUUUACGGUCUUCCUCUUGGUGAGGCUGUGAUUGAUCUGAAGUACAUUAAGGGGGGGAUGCUCGACAGUUUCAGCCAGUAUAUCGGCAUGACUCCGAACAGGGGCCGCAAUGUUCCUAUCAAGGAUAUGCGACAGUUGGCCAUUCCAUCCGAAGGUCCUAGACCACUUGUUGCAGUGGCUGUCAAGCAAUUCUUGUUGCUAGCUACUGUUUCGUUGCUCGUGCCAACAUUUUCUCGGAGGUACAAGCUGGACUUUGCCCCAUACAUAGGUGGGAGUAUUGAGGACGUUAGGGUGUACGAUUGGUGUACCUUUAUUUUCCGUUAA